AUGUCUUCCCUCACGGUCUUCUUGGUAUUCUCCUUCGCCGCAGGAUCCUGGGCGGCCAUGCCCCAUGGAUGGCAGCCAUGCAAGCUUGGCUCCAAAGAAUACGAGCCCUGUAUGGUUAAAGAAGUGAACAAAGCAAUCCAGACCCUGAAAGGAGGAAGCAAAACGCUGGCCGUUAACCCAUUGGACCCCCUGAGGAUCCUGGAGCUGAAGAUAGACCAAGGUUCGGGACCAGUCAGCAUCAAGUUGGAGUUCAAAGACACCGACAUCGUGGGGUUGAGCACCUGUGUCCUGCUCACCUUAAAGAACAAAGAUUGGAAGAGACUGGAAGGCGACGGUCAUUGUAAAUCACUCGACGUCAUUGGUAAAUACAGGAUCGAUGGAAAGAUUUUGGCGCUCCCCAUCAAAGGAGAAGGCGACGCUAAAGUUCAUAUUGAUGAUGCAGCAAUCGCUGCCGCCAUUGAUAUAGAAGAAAUUACCGGUAAGGACGGAAAGAAACAUUUCCAUGCCAAAACUUUCACUGCGGACAUCACUCCAACCAAGCAGUCGUACUAUUUCGAAAACUUAUUCAACGGAAAUAAAGCCUUAGCUGACAACAUGAACACAUUCCUCAACGAGAACGGAGAACAGAUCUUCAAAGAGCUGAAGCCCGCCAUUUCGAGAGCUCUGUCACAAGCAUUCACUCAAAUCACAAACCAAAUAUUCUACAAAAUACCUUCCAAUGAAAUUAAUGUAAAGUAG